GGAAGCCAUGGCGACUUGUGUGCAGCUGAAUACUGGGGCCAAGAUGCCUGUCCUGGGACUGGGCACAUGGAAGUCCACAGCUGGGCAAAUAGCAGCUGCAGUGAUGGCUGCCAUUGAUGCUGGGUACCGCCACUUUGACUGUGCCUACGUGUACCAGAACGAGAAGGAAGUUGGGGAUGGGAUCCAGCAGAAAAUCAAGGAAGGUGUUGUGAAGCGAAAUGACCUCUUCAUUGUCAGUAAGCUGUGGUGCACAUUUCAUGAAAAGCCUCUGGUGAAGGGAGCCUGUCAGAAAACUCUCUCUGACCUGAAACUGGAUUACCUGGAUCUCUACCUCAUGCACUGGCCUCUUGGGUUCAAGGCAGGAGAGGAGCUGUUUCCUGCAGAUGACAAAGGCAUUUCUAUAUCCAGCAACACAGAUAUUCUACAGACAUGGGAGGCCAUGGAAGAUCUUGUGGAGGCUGGUCUGGUAAAAGCCAUUGGAAUCUCCAACUUUAACCAUGAGCAGAUUGAAAGAAUCUUGAACAAGCCAGGACUGAAGUACAAGCCUGCAAAUAACCAGAUCGAAUGUAAUCCAUACCUUACCCAGGAGAAGCUGAUCAAGUACUGUCAAUCCAAAGGGAUUGCUGUGACAGCAUACAGUCCCCUUGGCUCUCCUGACAGACCAUGGGCUAAGCCAGAGGAUCCUUCCCUUCUGGAUGACCCCAAGAUCAAAGAGAUUGCAGCCAAGCACAACAAAACCCCAGCACAGGUUCUCCUUCGCUUCCAGAUCCAGAGAAAUGUGAUUGUGAUUCCCAAGUCUGUCACGCCACAGCGCAUUGUGGAGAACUUCAAGGUGUUUGACUUCAAAUUGACUACAGAGGAGAUGGCAACUAUUUUCAGCUUUAACAGAAACUGGAGAGCCUAUACAAUGAACACGUGCAGAACUCACAAGGAGUACCCUUUUGAUGCAGAAUACUGAAGAUGGUUGUAGCAUGCAUUCCUGCAGAGCUUGGUCUGAUUCUGCCUAUCCAUUUAUCUAGCUUUCUUAUUGCAUCUCUCCUGCAGAUAGUGAAGUCACAGGAAAUGUAUUCAGUGACUAGGGGGGUGUUUUGUGAUAACAAAAAUAUUUUGUAAUACUUUGAUAUUUUGUAAAUUUUGUAAAAAGUGUCAAAUUAAGGAGAAAAUGGAACUACACAUCCACCUGUCCAUCUGUCCAAAUGGAACUACACAUCCAUCUGUCUUGCAGCAACACAGUGGGCUAAGGAGGAGAGUCAUCAGCUGUAGGCACUGGCAAAAAACAUUUGGCAUAUGUGAACUGAAGACUAAUCUCCUUAGGAUAAGUGAGACAACCAGGAGUUUCAUGACUCCAGAAUUAACUGAGAAAGGGAUUUUUUUUUUUUUUACUACUUAUCCUUUUCUUAAAAAUAAACCAAAAAUCCAUACACAGAAAACCUACACGUGUAUGCUUGGCAGUAUUUUUACACAGGUGCUCUCCCAUGUGUCAGAAAACAACAUGGUAACUCUUGGAUACAUUCCAACUUCAGUAUGUGCU